AUGGAGUGGCAGCUCAAGAGUCCAGUGAGGAUGCAGGAGCAGAGUUUCUGUUGGAUCCAGGCCCCCAUAGUCGACACGAAGCCUCGACACGAAGCAGUCCACCGUGUUAGGACAGGGAGUAAGUUUGACAACCUGUACGGCUGCAGGGAGAGUCUGAUCGACGGCAUCAAGAGAGCCACUGAUGUGAUGAUUGCCGGUAAAGUUGCCGUGGUGGCGGGCUACGGCGACGUGGGGAAAGGCGGCGUCCAGGCUCUGCGUGGGUUCGGAGCUCGCGUCAUCGUCACCGAGAUCGACCCCAUCAACGCGCUGCAGGCCGCCAUGGAAGGGUACGAGGUCACCACCAUGGAAGAGGCGUCUAAGGAAGGAAACAUCUUCGUCACCACCACCGGCUGUGAGGACAUCAUCGUGGGACAUCACUUUGAGAACAUGAAGGACGACGCCAUCGUGUGUAACAUCGGACACUUUGACUGUGAGAUCGACAUGAGCUGGCUCAUCAAACACGCUGCGGAGAAGAUCAACAUCAAGCCGCAGGUCGAUCGCUAUCGUAUGAAGAGCGGCCGUCACAUCAUCAUCCUGGCCGAGGGCAGACUGGUCAACCUGGGCUGUGCCAUGGGACACCCCUCCUUCGUCAUGAGCAACUCCUUCACCAAUCAGGUUCUGGCUCAGAUCGAGUUGUGGAAGAACACGGACAAAUAUCCCCUCGGAGUCCACUUCCUGCCCAAGAAGUUGGAUGAGCAGGUGGCAGCCGCCCACCUGGACAAACUGGGGGUGAAGCUGACGAAGCUGACAGACAAGCAGGCCAAGUACCUGGGUCUGCCCAGCGAGGGGCCCUUCAAACCAGACCACUAUCGCUACUGAGCGUCCAGUCCAGCUGGGGAAGAGGAGGAGGAAGAGGAGGUGUGGCUACCACGGUGUUGGUGUUUAGGUGUAGCUGUGUUUGGGUGGAGCACUUUGAGAGAUUGGUUUCACUCUGGGCGCCAUUUUGGAUUCCAAAUGUCAACUUUUCAGGGUCGCAGCGACGGCUUUGUGUUUGUUUCUUCACCUUUUUAUAAAUAGCAUUCAAUAUCAAAUGCUAGAAAACUAUUUCUCGUGUUUAUUUAUUUGGCACCAACAACUUGAGAUCAAACAUCUCCCAAACAGCUGGUUUUGAAUCACACAUUUAUGGUUGAAGAAGCUUUUACUCUGAGCACAUAUCUUCAGCCCUCCACCUCUUUCUUCCUCCAUGCUUCUCACCAGCUUCUUCAGGGGCUGUUAAAGAGACUUCCUCUUAUUGUUCGUCAUUCCUUCUCCAUUUAUGGAUUAAAAUAAACCCUGAUGCUUCUCUGAGCUCCUCUGUGUCUCGAGGUGGAAGAUGAUAAAACAG